CGGCUGCGAAUUAGCCUAAGUUAUUAAAGAUGGCGGCGGAGCGGAGUCGCUCCCCGAUGGACUCGCCGGUCCCGGCCUCGAUGUUCGCCCCCGAGCCCAGCUCCCCGGGGGCGGCCAGGGCUGCGGCGGCGGCCGCUCGGCUCCACGGGGGCUUCGACUCGGACUGCAGCGAGGACGGCGAGGCGCUUAACGGCGAGCCGGAGCUGGACCUCACCAGCAAGCUGGUGCUAGUGAGCCCCUCGGCAGAACAGUAUGACAGCCUCCUUCGGCAGAUGUGGGAGAGGAUGGACGAGGGAUGCGGAGAGACCAUAUAUGUCAUUGGGCAGGGAUCAGAUGGGACUGAGUAUGGGCUGAGCGAGGCCGACAUGGAGGCUUCCUACGCCACUGUGAAGAGCAUGGCAGAGCAGAUCGAGGCCGAUGUCAUCCUUCUGCGGGAACGGCAAGAGGCCGGGGGCCGUGUGCGGGAUUACCUGGUCCGGAAACGCGUAGGAGACAAUGACUUCCUGGAGGUCAGGGUAGCAGUCGUAGGCAACGUGGACGCUGGCAAAAGCACACUUCUGGGUGUCCUGACCCACGGGGAGCUGGACAAUGGCCGAGGCUUUGCCCGCCAGAAGCUCUUCCGCCACAAACACGAGAUUGAAUCGGGCCGCACCAGCAGCGUGGGCAACGACAUCCUGGGCUUCGACAGUGAAGGCAACGUGGUGAACAAGCCCGACAGCCACGGCGGCAGCCUCGAGUGGACCAAGAUCUGCGAGAAGUCCACCAAGGUGAUCACCUUCAUCGACCUGGCCGGCCACGAGAAGUACCUGAAGACCACUGUCUUCGGCAUGACGGGCCACCUGCCCGACUUCUGCAUGCUCAUGGUGGGCAGCAAUGCUGGCAUCGUGGGCAUGACCAAGGAGCACCUGGGCUUGGCACUGGCGCUGAAUGUACCCGUCUUCGUGGUGGUCACAAAGAUUGACAUGUGUCCUGCCAACAUCCUGCAAGAGACCCUGAAGCUGCUGCAGCGCCUUCUGAAGUCUCCGGGCUGCCGGAAGAUCCCCGUGCUGGUACAAAAUAAGGAUGACGUGAUCGUCACCGCCUCCAACUUCAGCUCUGAGAGGAUGUGCCCGAUAUUCCAGAUCUCCAACGUCACGGGUGAGAACCUGGACCUGCUGAAGAUGUUUCUCAACCUCCUCUCGCCCCGCACCAGCUACCGAGAGGAGGAGCCAGCCGAGUUUCAGAUCGACGACACCUACUCGGUGCCGGGAGUGGGGACUGUGGUGUCAGGGACGACGCUGCGUGGCCUCAUUAAGCUGAAUGACACGCUGCUGCUGGGCCCGGACCCCCUGGGGAACUUCCUGUCCAUCGCUGUCAAGUCCAUCCAUCGGAAGCGCAUGCCUGUCAAGGAGGUGCGGGGUGGCCAGACAGCCUCCUUUGCCCUCAAGAAGAUCAAACGCUCGUCCAUCCGCAAGGGCAUGGUGAUGGUCUCCCCGCGCCUGAACCCCCAGGCCUCCUGGGAGUUUGAGGCAGAGAUCCUGGUCCUGCACCACCCCACCACCAUCAGCCCACGCUACCAGGCCAUGGUGCACUGUGGGAGCAUCCGACAGACGGCCACCAUCCUGAGCAUGGACAAGGACUGUCUGCGGACUGGGGACAAGGCCACUGUGCACUUCCGCUUCAUCAAGACCCCCGAGUAUCUGCACAUAGACCAACGGCUGGUGUUCCGAGAAGGCCGCACAAAGGCCGUGGGCACCAUCACCAAGCUGCUGCAGACCACCAACAACUCCCCCAUGAACUCCAAGCCCCAGCAAAUUAAAAUGCAGUCCACGAAGAAGGGGCCCCUGACCAAACGUGAUGAGGGGGUCCCCCCUGGCGGACCGGUAGUAGGAGCUGCUGCCCCUGGAGAUGAAGUGGCCUCUCUCGGGGCUGCCCAGCCAGCUGCAUCCAGUGGGCUCCUGCCACAGCCCAAGCCCAGCAGCGGGGGCCGCCGACGAGGGGGCCAGCGGCACAAGGGGAAGUCCCAGGGCGCCUGUGUGACCCCUGCCAGCGGCUGCUGAACCUGCCCCCCCACCAGGGGAGCCUGCGCUCCGGCCCCGGCCCCGCCCAGCUGCGGGGCGAGCAGCUCUGGCCCCGCCCUCCCUGGGCCCCCGUUUUCCGGGGGGCUGAGAUUUAUAGCUGAGGCAGGUGGCCAGACUUGAGGACUGUCUCCUGUCCUCCUCCUCACUCACAUUUUUUGUACAUCUGGGCCCUUAGUUUUUAUUCUUUCUAUGAUAUAUCUCUACCCAGUGUGCGUGUGUGCGUGUGGUGCAGGUGUGCAGCUAGCCAGGGCCCCGGGUCUCCCUUUCUCCUCCGGGAGUGGCCCUGCCUGUCCGUCCGUCCGUCCACCCGUUCCCUUGUCUGUCUGGGUGAGCUCCUCAGGGCCUCUAGAGCCUGCAGACCUUCUCCAUCUUGCUGCUCCCUCCCUGGCUCUCGAGGUCCCUCCCUGAGCCGGGCUCUGGGCUGAGGGGCCCCUGGGGGCUGGCGUCUCCUGCUGCCAGAGCCGGGAGCCCCUCAUCUCGGGGCAGAGCGUGGCUCUCCCUUCUCCCUUCCUCGUUCCUUCUUAAGCCCCCAAGCAGGUGAUGCCGUGAUGCCAAAAUCACCUUGCUCAUGGCUUGGAGGUGUGCAGGUGGGAGUGGCCGUUGGGUUGUUGGCCACUUCUGGUCCCGCUGACCUAAAGACAGCUGGUGGGCUUUCCCCCAGAGACAAUCCUGUGGUGGCCUGGCUGGCCCUGGCCAGCCCAGAGGCUCACACCCUGCUGGACUGUGGUUCUGGCUGGGCUUCUGCGUGCCGGUGACCUAGCCAGGCCUUGCUUGGGAUCCUGUUUUCCAGCCUCACCCGUUGGUGGGAGCAGGAGUGGGGAAUAUUCCUCUGUGCCUACCACAUGGCCCCCACACUGCUGCUGCAAGGCACAAGGAUGGCCUGAACCCCACUUCAGGAGCCCCACUUGGGGUGUGGGGUGGGCAAAACACAAUUUGCCGUCUGGUAGCACUGUGGCUUCCAGUAGAGGGUGGGGCUGCACCUGCCAGCAUAGGUGCCAGCCCAACCCUGCCGGCCUGGUCUCUGCUCCAUGCCCUCGGAUUGGGGUGAGCUGACAGGGGUGCGCUCUUCUGCCCAGGAGGAUACUCAGCUAGCCGGGGCAGAUACCUUCCCUGAGCCGAGCCUCUGUCCUGUGCCCAGCCCUUCACUUCCUCCUGCUUCCCGGCUGCUCAUCCUCUUCCCCUCGUCCCAGUGUUCUAGUUACCACUGACCCAUGAACUGACCAGACCAGCAUUCACAAUAAAAGUCUGUUCCGAGUU